UCUCGCAAACCGCGUACAUCGACAGCAUGGUGAAACGCUUCGAUGUACCAUCGACCUCCCGCAUCCCUGCUUACCCUGAUGUCGACCUAGGACCGAAGCGAGAUGACGAUCAGGGAGGGGAGUGGCCGGUGAGGGAGGCCGUCGGCAGCAUGAUGUGGGUGUCGACUUCCUCGCGUCCGGACGUCUCGUUCGCCGUACGUGUGGUAGCGCGCCACGCCCACGCCCCGGCGAAGAGGCACUGGGAUGCCAUCCAGAAGAUCCUCGGCUGCUUAAAGGAGACGAGGGACCUCGGCAUCACCUACCAACGGGGAUCGGGGUUAGGGCUGGCCGUGGUGGCGACGACGGUUGGAGGUACCGUAGUCAGCCAUGGUAGCAAGACGCAGAGCAUCGUGUCUUUGUCUUCGACGGAAGCGGAGUGCAUUGCUGCCGGGGAGGGUGUCAAGGAGGCGUUGUUUGUGCGUGCUGUGCUUUCGUUUGUUGCCCCAGAGACCAGAGGUAGCAGCGUCCAGGUCCUUGAGGACAACCAGGGGGCCAUAGCGAUACAGAUCUCCGAGAUAUCCGAGGGGGUCCUUCUUGCCUGCUGCUCAUGCUUGUCACUCGUUAAUANGGCGACCGUGCGGCCUGGGCGGCCCAGGAGCAUCAACAUCAACGAUCUGCAUGUUUCUCUUGGCCACACCAACGACGCGAAUGCACGGGAGACCGCGAAGCAGCUGGGGAUUCAGGUGACCGGUACCCGGGGAUACUGCGCUGGCUGCGGUGUGGCGAAGGCGAUUCGACGCAGCGUUCCGAUGGAGACGAAAGCCAAGGCGGAGAGGCCGUUUGGGCGUGCCUUCAUCGAUCUGACGGGCCCAUAUCCGCCGUCCACCGGUGGCGCUCGGUACUGCAUGAUGGUGGUGGACGACUACUCCAACGUCGGAUGGACGCUGUUUCUGGCGGACAAGGGCGGUUCCACUCUGUGUGACGCUUUUCGCGCGUGGUACGUUGACACCAAGCAGUUGGCGGGGACUCACGGUGGGUUAGGCGUUGCUCGCUUUGAUAACGGGACCGAGUUUACCAACACCGAAUUCCGGCACUUGCUGUCUGAGCUCGGAGUUGCAGUGGAAUUCACCCCCGUCGAUGGUGCGAAGCGCAACGGGCGCGCGGAGCGGAAGAUCGCGCUUGUCGUUGAAGGGGGCAAGGCGGCGUGGUUGGAGUUCCCACGGCUCUUCCCAGACUUGGAGUUUCCUCGAAAGGCGAUGGCGGGGACGACGAUCUGGCCGGAGGCGCUUGCUUGGAUGAACGACACGCUCACCAUGACCGCGCAAGCUCACACACCCGACAAGCUAUGCCCAUGGGAGAAGCUCUACAAGCGACGGGCCACAACUCUUCCACUGCCGUUCAUGAUGCCCGGCUUCCGUCACCGCAACCGGAAGAACAAGACCGAGUCGAAGGGGGAGCGCUGUUUUUAUCUCAACACCGGCAACAACCACUCGUCUACUACGCACAAGAUCCUCCUCUCCUCAGGGGUCUGCAGCUACUCCGCGGACGUCACUUGGGGCUAUCGUCGGGCGCCUUUCGUUGGGGAGGUACCCACGUGGGGGGGCGGAGCAGUAGUGGAAGCGACGGAACCUUUCGGGGGGCUGGGGGCAGCGACUGGAGCGGCGGGAGCAGCGGUAGCACCUGCAGCUGGAGUGGCGGCCCCCGACAGUAGUAUCUUCUCCGCAGGGGCGGUGUGGAAGGCGGCCGGGGGGCAGGCCCUCGCAGCAGGAGCGGCGGCAUCGGCGGCAGCACCUGCAGCUGGAGCGG